AUGGCGACUACAACGAGGCCAUAUUCUGGCAAGAAUGAGGAUGACCCUGCAUCCCCGAAUGACGUCAAGUAUUCGCAUGAUGAAGCUGACCACUCCUAUGACGCCUCUUACCAUGAUGGCUCCCCUGCUGGAGGCCCUAAUUCACUGCCCAUGCAGAAAAGGCGGCGAGUUGGCCGGGCAUGUGACGAGUGUCGCAGAAAAAGAUCAAGUGCGACGGCAAGCAGCCGUGCACCCAUUGCGCAGUUCAUAGUUAUCCCCUCCAAACGCCGUCGAAACCCUGCCCCGCAAUAUGUCGCGGCCCUCGAAAAUCGCCUAUCCAAGGCCGAAGCCCUGCUCCGCACAGUGCUUCCCAACGCCGAACAUGAUGACCCGCAACUCGACGUGUACGCGAAAGAACAGCGAUGGACCCCCGCUCAAAAGGAAACGCAAGCGACUGAAAGCGCCAAACCGUUGAGCGUACAACCGGACCCAGCGCCAGAAGCCGGAGAUGAGGGAUUACUCGAGACAAUGGUCGAUAACUCGGGUUGCUUAGAUCGUGAUGACCAGGGUCAUUUUGAUUAUCAUGGACACACGUCGGGAAUGACUUUUGUUCGUCGAUUACGCAAACAGCUCGGCACCGCAGAGAUUAGGCCCUCGAUUUCGGCGCAUAUGCUGGAUAGCCCGAAGUCCAUUUCUGAAUCGCCCCAGGUUACCACCUUGCCUCAUACACAUGAACUGCCUCCUCGAAGGAUAGCUCGCCAAUUGUGUCAUAAUGCGAUUGACCAUGCCUGCUCCUUGAUGAGAUUUGUGCACGAGCCCUCGUUUUUCGCAAGUCUCGAGCGCAUCUACGACACCCCUCCGGAGCAAUUCACAGACGAGGAGAACUCCUUCCUGCCGCUUUUGUAUAUCGUCAUUGCUGUUGGGUGCUUGUUCUCUGAUGAUGGAGCCGGAACCCUAGAUUGUUCUGGCUACGAGGGCACAAUAGGCCAAGGGUUCCAAUUUUUCAAGGCUGGGCGACAAUUGCUGGAGGUUACUGACUGCCGUGACUUGCUUUCUCUCCAAGCAAUUUGUUUCAUGGUGCUUUUCCUUCAAUCUUCUACCAAGUUGAGCACAUGUUAUUCCUACGUGAGAAUUGCGCUUCGUUCAGCACUGCGAUUGGGUCUCCAUCGCACCGUCACGGCAGACUUCAAGCCUGUUGAGCGUGAACUUCGGAAGCGCAUAUUUUGGGUCGUCCGCAAUAUGGAUGUUUACGUGAGCACCCUCCUGGGUCUCCCUCAAAUGCUAAGUGACGACGACAUUGACCAGGAGUACCCGAUGGAGGUUGAUUGGGAUUUCAUUACCACAGAGGGAAUCACGAAACCGCCGUCUCACUACACACCGCUAAUGGCUGGGUGCAAUGCGCACAUACGCCUUUCCAAUAUCAUUCUGAAGGUGGUUAAAUAUAUCUAUCCCGCCAAGAAUGCUCGCUAUCGCUCCAAGUCAGACCAGCGAUAUAUGGUCAGCCAUUCUAAAGUCCGGGAGAUUGAGCGGGAUCUGCAAAAUUGGAUGGAGGAAUUGCCUCCGGCUCUGCGGCCGGGUACAGAAGUGUCGCCCCAAUUGGAACGGGUUAGGCAAUUAUUGCGUAUCAGUUAUGCCCAUGUGCAGAUGGCCAUGUACCGUCCUUUCCUUCGCUACGUCUCCGGUGGUUCUCAAGCCCGUAGCGUGGAUAAGCGAUCCUAUGCCUGCGCAGCGGCUUGUGUCAGUGUCUCUCGAAACAUCGUUCACAUCACGACCGGCAUGCAAAAGAGAGGCUUGCUUAAUGGACCGUUCUGGUUCACCAUGUAUACGACCUAUUUUGCUAUUCUUUCUUUGAUCUUCUUUGUAAUUGAAAACCCCCAUUCACCGACGACCAAAAAUGGUGCCCUGAAAGAUGCCGUGGAGGGCAAGAACACCUUGGCCGGUUUGGCCAAGAAGAGUUUGGUUGCCGACCGGUGUUUGCAGAGCUUAAACUGCCUCUUCAGGACUUUGCCUGGGAUAUUGAGGAAUAGCCAGAGCUCUAAUACGCCGGUCAAUCUCAAGCGACCCGCGCAAUCUAACCGCGCUGCCGAUCCUAAGCAUACCCACGCUUCAUUCGAGAAAAUAUUGCCACAUCGUUCAAACACCUUCCCAACGCCCGUAAUGUCCCAGCCUUCCACACCCGAUCCUUUGAAUCCUUGGCAACAAAGCCUGUACAAGACAAAGGCCGCCAACAACCGGACCAGUGAUAUUAGUAGCCAGCCAACAUGGAUUUCAAACAUACCCGAGCUACUGAAGGAAACCAUGUCGACUCCAGAACAGAUCUCUUCAGUAGGCUCCAUGAACCCGUCUCUGUCCAACCAGGAGCCAUCGAGCUUGGCAUGGACUAAGCAAUUCACCAACCCGGCCAAGCUCCAAGACCUUAUGCCAAUGAUGCUCCCGUCCGACAACCCAUUCGCUUUAUCCACCCAGCUCAUGUCUACAUUGGAAGAUGACCACUUCCAACAUGACCACGGAAUGCCCUCCUCGGGAUAUCCUUUCGACUCAACACCGCAGCCAACAGGCAUGGGACCAACUACACCAGGCGACUUGUCCAGCGUUGGAGUCACUAUCCCAAACUUGUACUUUAACAGUAUCCCGUAUUUCCCCGUCGAAAAUCCCUCGGCGAUCAAGUCAUCAGUGCCAAGCCAUUUCCACGCCUCUGAUCCCCGAAGCUUGUCACGGAUUCACUCCCCAAUCUUGCUGGGCCAUACCCCAACCGAGCCACUCAGCAUUCCGGACUUGGUCUCGAUACCGAACCAGAACGUUUGGCACGGAUACAAUCUCCAGUCGAACCCGAACAACACAGUCAACAACAACUUCAACAUGGCUCCGGAAUCCGCGACGCGACAACAAAUGCCAAACCCCAAUGGGUUGUCGGAUUUCAGCAUGGGCAUGGAUGAAACGAUGGACAUGAACAUGGACCUGGGGAUAUCGUUCGACGAUCUUUUCGGCAACAAUGCCACCUAUCGACUCAACAAUGCGUCGUCUGAAAGUUGA